UUAACCGACAUGUGUCCAGAAUUUGCAGUCAUUCGAACGGUGACCGCGAAACUGGACGGAAGGACCAUGAGUUCAAGUGUACAUUUACGCAGCUUGGGAGUGAUUUUAUGGUGUGCUUUUGUUUGUAACUUUUGUGAUUGCUCAACAUUUCGUCUGGGAAAGUCCAACUUAUCUAACUUGGAAACCUCAAUUUUUAAAAAUAGCCGCGAUCCUUCCAAUGCAUUCCACUCUGUCAAAAAACCGGCAUACUCUCUGCAAAACGUAAUAAACACAUCAAAUUUGGUUUCGUUACCUCAACCUACAUUAAAUGGAUUGUCAGCCCUCUUUCCGAAUCCGAGCUCUACAGAAUCUACUCCCUACGAAGAUUCUACUAGUACAAUCAGCCCAUCCGCUGAGUCAAGUGCCUCCGGCCUACCUGAUGGACCAAGUGAGAAUGUACCGGGUGAAGCAAAUUUGAAUCCGCCACGUUUCCCGAGUUUGAUUGAAUUGAUUGCUCUUCAACCGGAUAUUAAUGCCGUGCGUCCUGUUGUCACAUAUUCUCCUAUUUUUACAACUCCAACAACUGUAACAAGUACGGCAUCAACAACCACUACCCCAAGCUCAACAUCUACCAUGCCUGUAUCGUCAACAGACGCUUCGACAGCGUCUGAAACACCGAGUCCUCCGACAGAAUCAUCGCCUACGACAGCAACUCCAAGUUCUUCAACGGACUCGUCAACUCCAGCAGUAUCUGAUACAACAUCUACCACGCCGUUAUCGUCUACCGAUGCUUCGACUGUAUCUGACACUCCGAGUCCUCCGACAGAAGCAACCUCUCCAGCAGUGUCUGAUCCUACACCUACAACAGAAACUCCAAGUUCUUCAACGGACUCGUCAUCUCCAGCGGUGUCUGAUCCCACAUCUACCACGCCUGUAUCGUCUACCGAUGCUUCGACUGUAUCUGACACUCCGAGUCCUCCGACAGAAGCAACCUCUCCAGCAGUGUCUGAUCCCACAUCUACCACGCCUGUAUCGUCUACCGAUGCUUCGACUGCAUCUGACACGCCAAGUCCUCCGACAGAUGCAACCUCUCCAGCAGUGUCUGAUCCUACACCUACAACAGCAGGUCCGAGUUCUUCAACGGACUCGUCAUCUCCAGUGGUGUCUGAUCCAACAUCUACCACGCCUUCAGCGGUGUCUGAUCCUACACCUACAACUCAGGGGCCAAGUUCAUCACCAGCCCCAUCUGACACGCCAAGUCCUCCGACAGACUCUACUCCAAGUUCCUCUACCGAUUCCACUACGGCCAGCCCUGUCGCUCCAGCGGCUAUUGUCGGUCAAAUACCACACGUGUUUCAGUUGUUCCCUGGUUUCAACCCACCACCAAGUGGUAGUGCACUGUUACCGACUAUAGGGGGUAAUCCAGCUCCAGCCAACGACAGCCCGCUUGACCAAAUUCAAGGAGCUGCGGCGCAGCUGAUAGCUAGCAGUAACAUCCCUAGUAUUUUUAACAGUACUGCUGGAGGACUAAGUGCCAUUGCUUCACUUCCCAAUGUUAACGGUAUUAAUAUUCCGACCCCCGUAGCCAAUGACAGUCCAAUCGAGCAGAUUCAAACAACUGCUGCUCAACUUCUGGCCAGUGGUAGCUUUCCAUAUGUUUUUAACACUACAACGGGUGGACUCAAUGCUAUAACAUCCAUUCCUAGUAAUGCAGGUAUCAAUCUUCCGCAGCUCCCAACGCUCGGAGACACACCUGUAGCCAAUGAUAACCCAAUCAGUCAACUUCAAACUACUGCAUCCGAAUUGUUAGCAAGCAGCAAUGUUCCGAGCAUCUUCAAUAGCACUACAGCUGGAAUCAACAGCAUUGUUAGCAACGCUGGAAUCCAAAUUCCGCAAGUUCCUACCUUCAGUGAUGUCUAUGUAGCUAACGACACUCCUCUGAAUGAAAUUCAAACUGCUGCUUCUCAAUUAUUAACAAGCAGUAAUAUUCCGAACAUAUUCAACGGAACUACUGGAUUAAAUGCGAUUACUUCACUUCCCAAUAUCACCGGAAUCAGUAUCCCGGCGAUUCCAACCUUAGGUGAUGCGCCUGUAGCAAGCGAUACUCCGGUAAGUCAGCUACAAACGGCUGCUUCUCAGCUUGUAGUUAACUCGAAUCCUUCCAGCAUCUUUAACAAAACUGCUGGUGGAUUGAAUGCACAUUCUUUUCCAUAUGCCUACGGAGGGUAUUUCCUCGGUAAUGCUCCGAUAACCAACGACAGCCCUUUUGUGCAAAUUCAAAGUGCGGCAUCGGAAGCUGUAAACGUUUUUAACAGCACCGUUAACAAUAACAAUCCCAUAAAUCAAGCACAAAAUGCGGCAUCACAGCUUCUUGCCAGCAGCAAUAUUCCAUCCAUUUUUAAUACUACUGCAAAUGGCUUGAACAACUUUGCCAUCCCAAGCUUCAACAUCCCUCAAAUACCAACAUUUGGUGAUGUCCCUGUUGGCAAUGAUGGUCCUUUCACCACUGGACUUCAAAACACCGCCGGUAAUCCACCAGUCUAUAGGCCACUCCCAGAUCUUUCCAACUUCCAAUCCCAGCUUGCAGUUUUAGUAUCUCAACUUAAUAACGAGACUGCUCCAUUUCCCAACAACCCUAACGUCCAGUUAGAUGAUAUCCUGACGAAACCACAGACGAAUCCCGUCAAUUCCGCACAGCUUCAACCAAGCCCACCAGUUACAGAGAAGCAUCCACUGUUGACGAUUUUCCCGCAACAAGUCCAAUCCGACAGCUACUUUGGAAUUCCGUCAUUCAGCCUACCCAACAAUACCUUCGGGCAAUUCAUCAAUCAACUAGCUGGAUUAGCUUCAAACUUCACUGGAGGCGCUUCAAAUGCCACUAACACCAACACCACGGAGAGUACCAACUCUGGAACUAAUCCUUUGCAAAGCAUUGGGAAUCAAAUUUCAUCCGGAUUUAGCAACGUAGCAGAAGUUAUAUCAAACGGCACGGCCGCGAUCGGAAACCUUGGAGCACAAAUCGCGAACCAAACUGCUUCUUCUAAUGGAACUAGUGCCAACAACGCAAAUGGAACUGUUGUUCCAGACGCGAAUCAGCUAGGAGGAGCCCUAUCACAAAUCAUUUCGAAUGGAACAAGCAUCAUUACGGCGCCAAUAAACUCAAUCUUUCAAACUAAUUUCAGCAGAGCAUACAACCCCGCACUAAACAAUCUUUACAAUCAAUUAAGUUCUGUUGGAAGCAACGAAACAGUCACUCAGGUGACUAAUGCGCUUAGUCCUGCCGUACUCGCUGGACAACUGAGUGGAAUUCUGUCACAACUGCAAGCAAGUAAUCCACUAGCUUCGAACGAUGUCGCACCCAGUCAACAGCAAGAAGCCAAUUCAAAUGGCAUCCUAAACUGGAACGCGAUCAACAAACUACCCAUAAUCAGUAACUGGAUCGGUACAAACAGUAACAACAAACCUGUCAGCAUCGCAAGGCCCACGCUAAGCUGUCCAGUUUGCCAGGAGGUCUGUGGAAAGGUGAACUCUCCAGUUAAACUGCGCCAGCAACGUGUCGUCGGAGGAACUGUCGUAGACCCCGCGAACAAGUACCCCUGGACCACACGCUUUGUCUACUUCAACUCCAACGCCGGACAGGGAUCGCUGAUAAACGAUCGUGCCGUCGUAACAACCGCCACCACCGUCAUCGGAAUGCCACUCUACUCGCAGGCAACGGCACUGUUCAACGUGUACGACACCCUGUCGACAACGGAGCAACGCUUUUCCAAGAACCUAGCCAGAGUGAUCCCCCAUCCCAAGUUCAACACGAACAACCCGCUCAACAACAACAUUGGCAUAGUGAUCCUCGAUAGUCCCGUCGCGAUGUCCACGUUCAUCCAACCCAUCUGCUUGCCAACGACGUUUGACUCGUACGCCGGAACGCAGGCUGUGGUCGCUGGAUGGGGUGCUGACAGCAUUGGGGGUCAUUCAUCACCGGUUCCGCACGAGGUAUCGAUUCCGAUAUACUCCUCGGCAGAGUGCAAACUGGCAAACGACAAUCUCACCACUAACAAUCUGUGCGGUGGAGUUGUUCAACCAGCUCAAUCGGGUUCGGUGAAAUCAACGUGUGAGGGUGAUGACGGAGCCGGAUUGAUGGCACCAUCCCGAGUUGAUCCUUCCUUGCUGACACUCAUCGGAAUCACUAUUGAGACUGCUGGCGAAGGAUGUGGAAACAACAACCAACCGGCCGCAUUCACCAAUGUCCAAAACUACAUCGACUUUGUCCUGUACAACGGAAUUGGGUGUGGGUGUUAAGCAAGGAAUUUCUUUCAUUUAUUAAUAAAAAAACUUCUUCACAGCAGA